GUAGAGAUGUCCGCUAUCAGAACAACCAAGACCAGUGGAAAGCCCUACGGACGAUAUGUCUUUGUUGACACACAGGGCACCAAACUCAUGACGUGUGCCUUUUCUGCGGACAUGGAAGCAUAUGAUCAUUGUUUAAAACUCUUUAAGACCUACGAGAUAUUUGCUAAACAAGGCAAAGAGUACAAGACGGAUCUACCAAACUUCAACUCUGAAAUCCAGCUCUAUCUCAACAAACACUGCAGCAUCGUCCCUGUUGAAACUGAUCCCAUAUCUUCUCUAACUGGAAAGCCAUCUUUCAAAAAGCUCUCAUGCAUUGUUGAUUGCCUAGCAACAAAUGAGUACAUCGAUGUGGUCGGUGUACUGAUAGAUGUUGCAGAACAAAAGUAAAGAAAUAAACGUCAAC